CAUUAGUUAUCAAGGAAUCUGAUUUUGAUGCGGUUGCUACUUCCCAGAAUCUCAGUCCUGAAGAAGCUGAAAUUCUUAAGUUUGAUCAAGAACGCUUUAUUCCAGAUACUAUGGCUCUUAAACGUUUCUAUAUGCGGAAUCUUUAUGGCAAAGACAUGGAUAUAGAAGAUUGGAAUAAUCUAUGUAAUAAAAAAUUUGUAGAACGUUUCAGUCCGCCUGAACCUCGAAAACAUUUCUUGCGAUUAUCUCACUUCCGAAAGCAAGGUUGCAACGAAGAUAGUGCAAUAGAAGGUUUGGUUGCUAAAGAUUUUGUACAAUGGGAGGUUACCUGUUAUAAAGCCGAAGAGAAUUUAGAAAAAUCAAUAGCAGAGGACUUACGUAAAACUUAUUCAGCUAAUCAUUAG